AUGACGGCGCACGAUUCCUCCCGGCCCCGGUCCAUCGGGCCCGCCGCCGACGACGAUGCGGUCCGAGACAUUGAAAAGUCCGGCGCCGACGAACACCACGACGACAAGGCCGCCAUCUUGGAGCCCCAGCUCAAUGUCGGCGGCCACGGCCGCACCCAGCGUCGCCUGCGCGACUACCAGGUCACCAUGAUUGGUUUCUGCAGUGGUAUCGGAACUGGUCUCUUCAUCGGAACGGGCUCGGCCUACGCCAAGGCCGGCCCGGCCGGUCUGCUGCUCGCCUACAUCAUCGUCGGUGCCGUUCUGUGGUGUGUGAUGCAGAGUAUUGGAGAGCUUGCGACUUUGAUUCCUACCGCCGGUUCAUUCCCCCAUUGGGCAACCCGCUUCAUCGAUCCGGCCGUCGGCUUCUCCCUCGCAAUUUCUUACGGCUACUGCUACACAAUCUCCAUCGGCGCAGAAGCCUCGGCAGCCGCGAUCUUAGUGUCGUACUGGACAGACAUAACGCCCGCCGUCGUCAUUACGAUUUCCCUCGUUCUUAUCCUCUUCUGCAACCUGCUCAGUGUGCGCUGGUACGGCGAGACCGAGGUUGUAGGCGGUUCCAUCAAGGUCCUCUGCUUCAUCGGCCUCGUCUUCACCUCCAUCAUCAUCACCGCCGGCGGGGGUCCUAACCACGAGGCCAUUGGGUUCAAGUACUGGAACAACCCCGGCGCGUGGGUUGACUACAACGGCAUCACUGGUUCGACUGGUCACUUCCUGGGCUUCCUCGCUGCCUUUGUGAACGCGUCCUUCUCCUUCAUCGGUGUAGAAACAGUCGUCAUCAGCGCCGCAGAAUCAAUCAACCCCCACAAAGCCAUCCCCAACGCCGCCCGCCGCGUGACAUGGCGCAUCGGCUUCUUCUACGUCCUCGGUGCCCUCCUCAUCUCCCUCAUCGUCGACCCCCGCGAAGAAGGCCUCGUGUCCGACUCCGGCAACGCAAACUCCUCCCCCUGGGUCAUCGCCAUCCGUCAAGCCGGCAUCAAUAUCCUUCCCUCCAUCGUCAACGCCUGCAUCCUCGUCAGCGCCUGGAGCGCUGGUAACUCGUACUGCUGGGUCGGCUCCCGCAUGAUUGUCGCCAUGACGACGGACCGCCAGCUGCCGCAGUUCUUUGGCCGCACGACGAAGCACGGUGUGCCGUACGUUGCUGUCAUUACCUCCUGGUUGUUUGGGCCGUUGGCGUAUCUUAGUCUCGGCUCUGGUGGUGCCGCGGAUGCGUUUAACUGGUUGCUGAGUCUGAGUACCGUUGCUGGGUUGAUUGCGUGGGCGACGCUUUGCUUCUGCUACAUCCGCUUCCACAAGGCGAUGAAGGUGCAGGGCGUCAGCCGUGAUACUUUGCCCUGGAAGGCGCCCUUCCAGCCGUUCGCGGCCUGGUUCGGCUUCAUUGGCUCGACCAUCAUUGUCUUUGUUGCUGGGUUUUCCGUCUUCCUGGCGGGUAACUGGUCGACUUCGGACUUUGUCUCGUCGUAUAUCGGAAUCCCCAUCUUCAUUGUUCCUAUCAUCGUCUGGAAGAUUGUUCACAAGACCAAGUUCGUUCGCGCUCACGAGAUUGAUCUCUGGUCUGGCCGUCUUCACGAGUCAGAGCGGGCUCCCGAGAAGCCCAAGCCGACGACUGUGGGCGAGAGGGUCAAGGACUGGUUCUCAUGA